GAGUCACUCCAGAUGUGCUCAAAAACAGAGUCUCUCUGUGGAAGCCCAGUCCCCCAAUCCCGGAGAGAGUGGAAUUAGCAGAGGUCCCAAUUCCUGUCCCCCCCGCCCCCCCGCAAGAGGCCGCCUCUGCCUCCACCCUUCUGGGGCGGGAGAGGGCAUCUGUGCACUUCCGUCAAGGGAAGGGGGGUACAAACUAUAUCUUCGCACUGGGAGGACCAGUACCGGCAUACCUGUAGCUCCCGGGAUCCCAUUGGAUUUGGGGACAACAUUUCACCUUUUGGGAAGAAAAGAUGUGCUGGAAGACGCUGCUGCUUCUGCUAUUGUGUUACGAUGCCCAGGCUACUGUGUCCCACAGGUGGAGCAGGGCCGUGCUCUUUCCUGCUGCCCAUCGGCCAAAGCGAUCCUCAUCAGUGCCCUUGAACCCCGUCCUGCAGAGCUCCCUGGAGGAAGUCGAACUGCUCUAUGAGUUCCUGCUGGCUGAACUUGACAUCAGCCCUGACCUGCAGAUCUCCAUCAAGGACGAGGAGCUCGCCUCCUUGAGGAAGGCCUCUGACUUCCGCAUUAUCUGCAAUGACGUGAUCCCCAAGCGCAUCCCGGACAUCCGCCGGCUGAGCGCCAGCCUCUCCAGCCACCCCGGCACCCUCAAGAAAGAGGACUUCGAAAGGACAGCGCUAACCCUGGCCUACACGGCCUACCGCACAGCCCUGUCCCAAGGGCAUCAGAAGGACAUCUGGGCCCAGUCCCUCCGUAGCCUCUUCCAGGCCCUGCGGCAUGACCUGAUGCGGUCCUCAGGCCCCAGAGUGACUCCCUGAGAGACUGGCGCACAGCAGGGACCAGCACACACAGUAACCCGAAUACUCUUCAUUCUCUACUCCGUUUACAGAGCCCAGCGACAAAGCACAUACCACCAGCUCAGAGUAGCAGAGGUAAAAUAAAUGACGCCAUGUUCUUUGCCCCUGGUAGAGUCCUCACAAGCCCAUCUGAUUCAGGUCACGCUGUGACCUGGGCUGGAAGAAGGGGCUAGAGUGGGAAUUCGAGAAGCCUCCAAAGGCCAAAUGAUUGGCCUGGUGAUAUGUAGGAGUCUCAGCCACGCUUCGACACCAAGCAACUGCCACAAACAGCCGAGCGCGAGCACAGCCGAGCGCGAGCACAGCCGAGCGCGAGCACAGCCGAGCGCGAGCACAGCCGAGCGCGAGCACAGCCGAGCGCGAGCUCCUCUAACGCUAGAGGAGAUGACGCAGAGGUUUGGGCAUGGCGGGAAGAUGGGGGACAGACAUCAGGCUGUGAGGUUGAUCGAACAUCUUCCCGAAGGUUCUAUAGUAAGAGAUUAAAAAAAAAACAAACCAACCAACUUAGAGCUAUAGCCAAAUAAAUACAUUGUUGGUCAAAGGUAUACUUCUCACCUUUUCCAAAAGUCACCAAGAAGAAUCAGUUAGAAAAUCAGUAAUUUUAUGACCUACACGUCUUGAUUCUUCUUCUCUGAAAGCUUCUCUCUCUAAUACAGAGGAGAAACAUGAAGGGGGUCCACAGAAAGCCUGCAAACAGUCCUGCUUGGCCUUCUGAACAGAGAAAGCAAGCUAAUGCGGAGAGGGUCACUCUCACCACACUAAUGAAGAGGUGGCACUAACGGCCAUGUCUAUCCAAAUGCUGAAUAUCAUUCAGCAUCAUUGGAAAAUGAGGUGCUCCAAGUAAAAGUGAUUUUCGGAUGACAGGAUUUCCCCUUUCAAAUGCCAGAACUUUCCUUUGAGCAAUAUUGACCUGGCACCUUUUUAAACUCUACAUACAAAACACCCUAAGCUUUUAUUCAGUAUCUUUGAAACAUCCUGAUGAAGGAGCUGGAUUAAAAUAACCUCUAAGAUUGCUCUAACUCUGAAAUUUCCAUGCUCAUUGAGCUAAGCGUGAGCUAUUACAGGGAGGACAGCAGGACCUACGGGGUCCGCUGGACUGUUUGCCCCAAUCCUGGAAGGCCCCAGGCUUUGCUAAUUCUGUGUGUGCUGUGAGCUCUUCGGCUGCCUUCUUCACUGUGAAGCUGUAAGAUGCACUCUUCUUUCUUGCCAACAUAACCCACCCUUUGCAAUGUGUUCUUUUUAGCUGCUAUCACCUGCUAUCACACAAGACGGCUAGGCUUGUUAUAAUUCUAUGUUAAAUUCUGUUAAAUAUGAGUUAAUAGAUGAAGAUCUCCACUAGCAGGAAAGCACUGGGCUCUUGAACAGACUCCCCACCAGCUCAGAGAUCUUUCUGGCUCUCCUAGAUUGACGGCUGGGUUUUGGAGGCUAACGAUGCAAGAGGUCUAACCUUUGAAUGAGUGAGAACUUAUCAGGCUAAAUCUGAUUCUGAAAUGGGUAUUUAACUGUUGUCAUUUGAUGAUGCCUGAAGCUGCUCUGCACUUCUUAAAAACUUUGAAUAAAUGAUUGCUGAGCAGCACAAGCUGUAUGAUCAGCUUGGAGAAAUAGUAGGAUGGAGGAAGAAGGUGGUCAUCAUCAGAGAAGAAUACAGCUUGGUAUCCUCAUGUUCUUGGGUUCAGAAGAUUAAUUGCUGUCAGUCUCUCUGGUUCUCAUUCCCUGGUUAUACUUCCUACCUUCCUCAAAUGCAGUCUCUGAUACUUCCUUUUUGUUCAGUUUUUCUCUUUUUAAUAUUACGUGUUCUCUAUGACAUGGUCACUAAGCUGGUCUCUUUAUUUUAGUUGGUGUCUCUUCUGCUCUAUCUUUGGGCCCAGUUUUGAUUAUCUUUGUAUCCACGUCUUAGAGACCUCUCCCAGUGUUUUUUGGCUGACAUUUGCUCACUCAAGCUCUGCCUGCCUGUACUCUGACGCUCACUGUCUUUCUGCCCCCUUUGGGUAUCACUGUCUGACUCAAACAAAGGUCAAUGUACAGGGUCAGGAUUUCCCAAAAGGCAGAUGAGCCUCAUGGUCUACCUUCACUAUUUGUACUUUCCCUGAAUGAGGGGUGGGGAGGAGGUAAGCGCAGGCUUCAACCCUUCGACAUUGUGCAAUAGCCCAACCUCAGUGUCUUACAUCCCACCCCAGGGCUCCACCCCCAUCGGGAAGGAUCUGAGCGCUUUCUUCCAGUCACUGGGUGGAAAGACCACCCUGUAGGCCCUGCUUUCCAUGUUAUGAUAUACCUGGCUGCUCUGAGGGGUAGGAGAUCCUAUGAAUGGGAGGAUGGUUCCCAGGACCAGUGGUAAUUCACUCACCCUGCUGCAAAAAACUGAAGGCAUUUGCGUAGUCAUCAAUCAGGGCCCAUAUUUAUGCGGCAGUCCAUGACUGGAAAAAAAAAAAAAACAAGAAGGGCAUGACUUUUUUAAAGACAAAUGAAAAUUCCAUUUUUACUAACUAGAUGACAUUAUUAAUGACUAUUUUAGGCUGACUACAAAUUGACUGUUGACCCACAAGAGCAGUUUAUAUUAAUAACUUCAUUUACAUGCAAAAUCAAAUAUAACACUCACCACCAGCACCCCAAGACCCAACCCUUGCUCAAUGAACAGUAAAGUAGUAGACUGGACAGAAACAGACUGUCUUGACUCAUGAAUACUGCUCUGUAGCACCACGAUCACAACUGGGUCACAUUUUGUCAUAUGCACACAUAGACAGAGUAAUCUAGGGUGUAGUGUCUGUCAUGGAAAUUUGCCUGUAACUUAUGGAAUUUGCCUUUAACUAAUUCUGCCAUCCCUAGACUGCUGGAGACUUUUAGGAUCUAAAAAUUCUGGAACCGUCUUCUAGAGUUGGCACCUUCAUGGCUUCCUCUGGUGUCACUCAAGAGACUUCGAAAAACAUCUAUGUGCUGAAACUUCCAACCCUCUGUCAUCUCACCUUGAAUCGAAAAGAGAACCACCUCACUGAUAAACGUCAGAAGAUAUUUCCACAGGUGAACUGGUCUAAAAUCAAACGCCUGUCAAAUGUCUUUACAUGGCACCUCUUAGCUUCCUAACUCAUUUUAACGUCUUACAUUUUUUUAAAUUGUGGUAAAAAAACACAACAUGAAAUUCACCAUCUGAAUGUCUAAGUGCGCAGUAUAAUAGUGUCAGCUCCAUGCAUAUUGUGGUAUGACAGAUCUCUAGAACUUUUCAUCUUGCAAAAAAAUGAUACCUCUGGAACAGCUCCCCUCCCCCCCUCUCCCCCACAGUGCCUGGCAACUGCCUUUCUACUUCCUGUUACUAAGAGUUUGACUACUUUAGAUACCUCAUCUAAGUGAAACCUGCCUUCUAUUUCUCAAGUCUAGUAUUCUGGAAAAUGUUUUCUUCAUCUAAAAAAUGGAUAGAGUCCUGAAGAAGAACUACUGGUCUUAACUGUGUCGCUCACCCUACCUAAUUUUAUUUAACAAUUAUUCACUUAACAGUGUAAUAAAAACGUCAUGAUUGAGUUUACUA